CGUCACGCAGUGUGUUGUCAGGGACUCGCCGGGAAGAAGCUGGAACGGCACAGCGCUUUGCUUCAUCAAAAUGGCUGUUAAAGAUGGUGAAUAGGAAGAAAGAAGCGCCAUAAACCGAAAAAACAGAGAGGAACGACUUUCCAAACGGACCUCCUGGCAGCAGAGCAUUUUAGCCUUUCUCUUUUCUGAGGUAACGUUACGUCUCACUACAGAAGGCAGAUGAAGGGAUUAAAUCGCGUUUGUGGGUUGAUGCCGAGUAUGACUGACAGUUCAUAGCCUAUAAGAGGACAGUAACGAGCAUCAAUCUGUAGAAAUUAGCAGAUUUAAACAACAACAGUGAAUAAGAUUAUUGUCAAUGUAUUAAUGUACUGAUACGGUUAAUCUGUUGUUCAGGGUUGUAUUGAUGGCGAUUAAAUGUCUGGUCUCUCAUGUGUUAUUAUAUGUGUCAUAUGUGAGUGAGUGCAUCAACAUGAAGACGAUACACUGCCCGUCCUGUUUAUUUCUAGAAAUACAUUCUUUAAUAUAAAAAUUACAUUAAUGUUUAGACAGUCAAAUAUUUCAGGAUUAACAAGCACCUUAUUAUUUAUUAUUUACAUCUAUAUCUAGACAUAAUACAAUACACAAUACACUACAGUAAAUACAACUAUGUUUAUUGCUUUGUUAUAUUCUGUUAUAUGUUUGUAUAAAACAUAAACAUAAUAAAGCAAAACAUAAUAUAUAAUGUGCAGUUAUUUUUAUUGUUUUAUGUAAUAUACGGUAGUGUUCCUACUUCCUACCAGUCUUUAUAAAAAUCUGUGUAAUAAUAUCUAAAUAUCUGUCAGUCAUCUCAGCAUCUUGCUGUAGACUGUAGGCGUGGAUUGCUCUUGGUUGCUAUAAAUAAUGUGUGAUGCCAUUCCAGAGCAGACAGACAGCAGUCACAGUCAGCAAUCUAAAGGCAUUCAGACAAAAGAGUGUGCUGGAUAUAUUGUAUCACAUCAUGGUUUAUAAGAAUAACUUUGCUGUCAUGUUUCACAGAUAGAGACUAAAGAGCUGCUUGGAUUUCGGAGUGAGCUGCCCUGUUCUCUUUAUUGUUGUCCAGUUGUUUGUCGAGUGCCUGUCUGUUUUUCCCUUCUUUUAUACGGCCUGUAUUAAAGGUUAACGUCACACAUACUUGCACAUAUUAAAUAUGUCUAUCAUUUUAUUGUUCUAUUGUUCACGUUGUAUAUCUGUUAUUCAGUUGUUUAUUUACAAAUUUGCUUCACAAGGAAUAAUUAUAAAUUUUUUUUUUUUAUCAAAUAUUUAAAUAAAAAUUGAUAUAUUUAUAUAAAUUAUAAAUUAUAUACUUGAGCCACAGGAACACCAUUUAAUUAUAUAUUUAUAAGUAUUUGUUUAAAAUACUUUGAUACAUUGUUAUAAAAUACAUUGAUCUUGCCAUUGAAAUAGCCAGAGAUGCUGGCGCGACACUAAAAAUAAACCAACAAAUAAAUAAAUACAUUUAUUAAUGGGAGGAGACUGAAAGAUUAUUAGGUAUAAAACUGUCUGUUUGAUAGACAUUUAAGAUGAGUAUUUGCACUAAGUAACUGUAGGGAAACCUAUUAGAGUGCGUCUGUGGAGGUGCUUGGAGAAAAUGAAUAGUUAUCUCUUUUUUAUGCUUAUCUGCACCAGCCUCCUUUCUCCUGACAUUUAAAGUCCAUUGCUAUGCUUGGCCUGCCCUGAAGCAAAUGUACUGAUAUCACUUGUCGCUCAGUAAGGCAAACUCAGCAAUUUAACAUCUUUAAUCUAAAGGAGUUUCAUAUCAGUUACUUACUUUAAUCUUUUAUCCUCCAAAAACCUAUUAUAGUAUACAGAUUAGGCUUGGACUCUCCCAGUCUCAUCAUCUAUGUUCUGAAAGUGACUAAAUCUGUUUCUACGUAGGGUGUCCUAGUAAGAGGCAAUCAUGGACACCACAACCUCCAUCAAGAUGACCACUCUGGCCAUCCAGAACCUCUUCAGCUACGUGGAAGAAGAGAAUCUGGCAGCUGUUAAAGCCCAUCUUGACAAGUUCAAAGAGGUGGAUGGUCGAAGCGAUAAUGGACAGACUCCUCUGAUGUUGGCCUCAGAGCAGGGCAGUCUUGAGAUUGUUCAGGAACUCAUCAGAAGGGGUGCAAACGUCAAUUUGGAUGAUGUGGACUGCUGGUCCGCUCUGAUCUCUGCAGCUAAGGAGGGGCAUGUGGAAGUGGUGAAAGAGCUGCUGGAAAACAGUGCUUAUAUUGAGCACAGAGAUAUGGGGGGUUGGACUGCCCUUACUUGGGCUUCAUAUAAAGGUAGAGUUGAGGUGGCCAAGGUCCUGCUUGAGACUGGUGCAAACCCAAACACCACUGGACAGCAAUACAGCGUCUACCCUGUAAUCUGGGCAGCCGGUAGAGGCCAUGCAGAGAUUGUGAAACUCUUGCUGGAGCAUGGAGGUAAAGUCAACUGCUCUGAUAAGUAUGGCACCACCCCACUAAUCUGGGCUGCUAGAAAGGGUCACUACGACUGUGUGAUGCACCUGCUGGAGAACGGAGCCGAUGUUGACCAGGAGGGGGCGAACUCCAUGACGGCACUGAUCGUGGCUGUGAAGGGAGGGUAUACAGAGGUAGUUAAAGAGCUUCUGAAGAGGAACCCCAAUGUAAACAUGACUGAUAAGGACGGAAACACAGCUCUGAUGAUCGCAGCUAAAGAGGGCUACACUGAGAUUGUGCAGGACCUGCUUGAUGCCGGCACAUACGUCAACAUCCCAGACAGGAGUGGAGACACUGUGCUGAUUGGAGCCGUGAGAGGUGGGCAUGUUGAGAUUGUGAGGGCGCUACUGCAUAAGUAUGCAGACAUCGACAUUAGAGGCCAGGAGAGUAAGACUGCCCUCUACUGGGCUGUAGAGAAAGGCAAUGCAACCAUGGUUAGGGACAUACUGCAGUGCAGCCCUGACACAGAGACAACCACUAAGGAUUCUGAGACUCCGCUAGUCAAAGCCACCAAGAUGAGGAACAUAGAAAUAGUGGAGCUGCUACUGGACAAAGGAGCCAAAGUGUCCGCAGUCGACAAGAAAGGGGACACCCCUCUUCAUAUCGCCAUUCGUGGACGGAGCCGCAGGCUGGCUGAGCUCCUUCUCCGUAACCCUAAGGAUGGCCGCUUGCUCUACCGGCCCAACAAGGCUGGAGAGACACCCUAUAACAUCGACUGCAGCCACCAGAAGAGCAUCCUCACCCAGAUUUUUGGAGCCCGACAUCUGUCCCCCACGGAGUCAGAUGGGGACAUGCUGGGCUACGACCUGUACAGCAGUGCUUUGGCAGACAUCCUGAGUGAGCCCACCAUGCAGCCGCCCAUCUGUGUGGGUCUGUAUGCCCAGUGGGGCAGCGGCAAGUCCUUCCUGCUCAAGAAACUAGAGGAUGAGAUGAAGACAUUUGCAGGUCAGCAGGUGGAGCCUCUGUUCCAGUUUUCGUGGCUGGUUGUGUUAUUAUCGUUCCUGCUUUGUGGCUCUGUAGUGCUAGUGCUUGGCUUCACCGUGGAUCCCAAGCUGGCUAUCGCCAUCUCUCUCAGCAUUCUGGCUCUGCUUUAUGUGUUCUUUGUGGUUGUGUACUUUGGGAGCAGGCGCGGGGGUGAGAGCUGGAAUUGGGCGUGGGUCAUUAGCACACGUCUGGCUCGGCACAUCGGGUACCUGGAGCUUCUGCUUAAACUCAUGUUUGUCAACCCACCGGAGCUGCCGGAACAAACCACCCGUGCACUGCCUGUCAGGUUUCUGUUCACAGACUAUAACAGGUUAUCCAGUGUCGGUGGGGAGACGUCCAUGGCUGAAAUGAUCGCUACUCUCUCAGAUGCCUGUGAGAGGGAGUUUGGCUUCCUGGCCACCAGACUUUUCAGAGUCUUUAAAACUGAGGACACUAAAGGUAAAAAGAAGUGGAAGAAGACAUGUUGCAUCCCAUCCUUUGUUAUCUUCCUCUUCAUCCUGAGCUGCUUGGUCAUGGGAAUGGCCCUGCUGGCGGUCUUUAAGAUGGAUGGGCAAAACCAGACGGUGAACGCAGUGCUGGUUUCCAUGGCGAGUGUUGUUGGUUUGGCGCUGUUGCUUAAUUGUCGCACCUGGUGGCAGGUGACAGACUCAGUGCUGAACUCCCAGAGGAAGCGGCUGCACAAUGCCGCCAACAAGAUGCACAAGCUGAAAAGUGAGGGCUUUAUGAAGGUCUUAAAGAAUGAAGUGGAGCUCAUGGCUAAGAUGGCCAAGACUAUAGAUGGCUUUACCCAGAACCAGACACGUCUAGUUGUUAUCAUUGAUGGUCUGGACUCCUGUGAACAGGAUAAAGUGCUACAGAUGCUUGACACGGUGAGAGUGCUGUUCUCCAAGGGUCCUUUCAUCUCUACCUUCGCCAGUGAUCCUCACAUCAUCAUCAAAGCUAUAAACCAGAAUCUAAACAGCGUGCUGCGUGACUCCAACAUCAACGGCCAUGACUACAUGCGCAACAUUGUCCACUUGCCUGUCUACCUCAACAGCCGUGGCCUCAGCAGUGCAAAGAAGAUGUGUGCACCCACUUCUGCUAAUGGAGACACUGGGAACUCUGAGGGUUGGCAUGAGGAGUUGGACAGAAAGUUGUCCCAGAACAGCUUGGGUGACCAGACCAAGUUUGGCAGUAAGACGACUCUUAACCGCAGGGAUACUUAUCGCCGUCGACAGAUGCAGAGGUCAGUCACACGUCAGAUGUCCUUUGAUUUCACAAAACUGCUCGUCACUGAGGACUGGUUCAGUGACAUCAGUCCUCAGACUAUGAGGAGACUCCUCAACAUUGUAUCAGUCACAGGCCGCUUGCUGAGGGCCAAUCAGAUAAGUUUUAACUGGGACCGGCUUGCGUCUUGGAUCAACAUGACUGAGCAGUGGCCAUAUCGCACAUCCUGGCUCAUACUGUACCUAGAAGAGACAGACGGCAUCCCAGAUCAGACAACUCUGAAAACCAUCUAUGAAAGGAUCUCCAAGAGUAUUCCAACCACUAAAGAUGUGGAGCCUUUGCUGGAGAUAGAUGGUGAUGCCCGUAGCUUUGAGGUUUUCCUUUCUUCCCGAACUCCAGUGCUUGUGGCUCGAGACAUCCGCACCUUCCUUCCCUGCACCGUUAAUUUAGAUCCAAAACUCCGAGAGAUCAUUGCAGAUGUGCGUGCUGCCCGGGAGCAAGUGAACAUGGGUGGUGUCACCUAUCCCACACUGCCUUUGCAGGAGGGCCGUCCAAUAUCAGUCUACAGCCAGCAGUCCCCUUCUGCCUCCUACAACGGCCCGUAUAUCCCGCCAGGUGUGUCUCCUCAGCCCCAUAGCACCCAUUUCAGCGGCAUGGGCGGGCCACAACACCCGUUCUACAACAGGGGCGCUGCCUCGGUGGUCUCAGGGAACCCAUCGAUACUGCUCAGCUCAAUGAGCACAGAUGCUGUCUGUGAGCGUGUUAGACUUAUCAACGGCAUCGACCAGAACAUGCUUUCUCAGUAUACAGCCACCAUUAAGAAGGCUAACAUAAAUGGCAGAGUUCUGUCUCAGUGUAAUAUUGAUGAGCUGAAGAAAGAGAUGAACAUGAAUUUUGGAGAUUGGCAGCUUUUCAGGACAUCAGUGAUUGAGCUCCGUCAUGUGGAGAGCCAGACUGUGCAUGAGGAGGCUCCUAGUGAGCAGGGCAGCAGCACGGCUUGCAGGCACACUGAAGCUUCCGUUCACGGAGGAGUCAUUAACACGGACCCCUCACCCAUGUACAACUUCACCCUCAGCUUUGAGGAGCUUAGUAACGUGGGCUUGGAUGAGCCUCCUAGGCACUCCAACCCUUCCUGGAUGGCCACCCCUCACCGUACACCUAGCAUGUCCAGCCUCAACUCUCAAGAGUCCUCCAAUGAAAUUUGCAAGCUAACAGACAAGCAGCAAGCCGAGUACCGCAAUGCCUACCAGGAAUACAUCGCCUCCAUGGCUCAGGUUGAGGUUGGAAUGGAGAAGCCUGUGCCACCUUUUGUUGGCCAGCUAAUGCACUCCAGCUCUGAGGAAAAGAAGAAGGAUGGCGACCAGGAUGGACACAAAUCCGUUUCAAAAAGAGGGAGCAGCAAGUCCGGGGCCGAUAAUACAGACUAUGCCUCGGCUGACACGGCCACUUUAGAUCCUAUAACAGAAGAGGAUGAGAAGGUUGACCAUGGGUCAUCAAAGUCCCUUCUAGGCCGCAAGACAUCUGGAGAGAAGGUGAGCCUCUUCCAGGGUGCUGAUCUGAAGCUGAAGCCUGGUGGUGGUUUACGCUACCAGAAACAUAACAGUGAUGAUGAAGAGUCUGAAGAGUCAGACAAUGCCCCUCUGCUCAAGGAUGGAAAGAAACCAGAGCCCAAAGCUUCAGAUGCUGGAGAUCGAUCUUUGGCCAAAGGUAAGGAUUACCUUUCAGAUAAGAAGGAUUCUUCUGACUCGGGUGUCCGCUCCAACGAAAGCUCUCCCAACCAUUCUUUGCAAGACGAAGAGGCUGACCUGUCGCAGUCUGAGAGGGCUAACUUGAUUGAGCUGGAUGAGGAGAGCUCAGCUCAAAAACAAGGGUUGCCGAAUAGUCUGAGUGGCCUUCAAGACCCUGCUAUCAUCCGCAUGUCCAUCUGCUCAGAGGACCAGUGCAGUCUUAUGGCCAGCAGUCCUGAAGAGAGCUGGCCUUCCUCCAAGAGCUACAACCUCAACCUUACACCCAGUAUCACCACCCUCAAUAACAACACAAAUGCCCAACAAGGAAACAACAUUCGUCAACCCACAGAUAGCUCCACCCCUGGAAGUGACAUCAUCAUGACUCCUGGUUCCAGCACUACUUCCACCACCACCCAAAAUGAGAAAGUCCAUGUGGUGCAUCUGAAGAGAGGGCUUAACCCCGGAGAUCCACCUGAGAUCCUCCGAGUGUCUUCUGACACUGUCACCUUAGGAGAAGAGCGUGAAAGUAUCCUGUAGGCGACGUCUGGGUCUACAGCAGUCUUGGCCAAUUAACGUUUUCUGGUAAAUACAUGGAACAGUGAUUGAGACAUUUCCAAAAGUUAAGUGUAGAUGAAGUGUGCUUCCUUCACAUCUGUCCAUCACCUACUCAUCAUCAUCCACCAUCUAAUGGUAACAUACUGUAUAUGUGGUGUUUCCGUACAGUAUUUGUAGCUUAAUUAUGCAUUAAUGUCACCAGUUGUAUGGCUAUAAAGCAUUUUGAAAUCGCAGCUGUAGAUUAAUAUUCAAUAGUGUUUCCCAAAGGAAAAUAUUUUAGUACCUUGUCAUGGUAAAGCACCCAAACUUUGCAUAAACGCCUUAAAAAGUAUGAAUUUUAACAGUGAUUCUGGUUUGGAAAUGUGUCGUAUUGCGUUGUCCUGCAUGCUGUCAUUGUGCUGUAGUGACAGUGGUACAGUAUAUAAGCAGUGACAAGCAUGUGUCAGACUGCAGUCCCAAAUUAGCCUGUAGAAACUGCAUGCCCUGUGAUGCUAGUCUUUAGCAGUUAUAACUGUACUUUUUGCUGCUGUCCUGAAAAGUUAAACAGGUUUCGUGAUGCUUGUCUUUAACAUGGCAUCACAUAAACCUGCACUGAUAGCAUCCAUCUCUCUUCAGUGUUUGUUUGAGGAAGAAAAACGACUGAAAUAAACAUUUUGCUGUUCUGCA